AUGCUUGGGCUCUAUUCAGUAGGCAUUACUGGAGCAGCAUCUGACCUUCAACUCAUUGGCAUCUACUCUCUUUCUCCUCUAGAACUGGGCCCAUUGGAAAUUGCCCUCACCAUCAUCUUGACCUUUCUUACCGUGGGCUCAAUUGCCAUCUUCCUGGAGGAUGCUCUUUAUCUGUACAAGAACACCCUUUGCCCCAUCAAGAGGAGGACUCUGAUCUGGAGUAGCUCUGCGCCAACGGUGGUGUCUGUGCUCUGCUGCUUUGGUCUCUGGAUCCCUCGCGCCCUCACACUCGUGGAAAUGGUCAUAACCUCGUUCUAUGCCAUAGUCUUUUACCUGCUGAUGCUGGUCAUGGUGGAAGGCUUCGGUGGGAAGGAAGCAGUUCUGAGGACACUGAAGGACAUCCCGAUGAGGGUGCACACGGGUCCCUGCUGCUGCUGCUGCCCCUGCUGCCCGCCCCUCAUACUUACCAGGAAGAAGCUUCAGCUGCUGAUGUUGGGCCCUUUCCAGUAUGCCUUCUUCAAGAUACUGCUGAACAUAGUGGGCCUGUUUCUCAUCCCUGAUGGCAUCUUUGAUCCGUCAGAUAUCUCUGAGAAGAGCACGGCUCUGUGGAUCAACACUUUCCUCGGCGCGUCCACGCUGUUCGCUCUCUGGUCACUGGCCAUCAUUUUCCGGCAAGCCAAGUUGCACCUGAGUGAACAGAAUAUGGGAUCCAAGUUUGCUGUCUUCCAGGUUCUUGUCAUCCUGACGGCCCUGCAGCCCUCCAUUUUCUCCAUCUUGGCUAGCACCGGGCAGAUUGCUUGCUCACCUCCCUUUCCUUCUAAAACCAGGUCUCAAGUGAUGAACUGCCACAUGCUCAUCGUGGAGACCUUCCUGAUGACGGUGCUGGCACGGAUGUACUACCGACGGAAAGAUGGCAAGGUUGGGUAUGAGACUUCUUCGGCACCAGACCCGGACUUGAAACUCAAAGCCUGA